AAUAUUUAUUAAUAUUUUUAUUUCAGAUGUCAGUUGGGAAGAUUAUAUUAAAAUCAACCACCAGGAUGUCCCUGAACGACCGAUUCACGGUGCUGCGCCAGGAGAAGCCCAUGGUCCAGGGUCAGGGUGCCCCUGGACUGGAGGAGAGACGGCAGCAGGCUCAGGCGUCUCGGAGGAACCAGCGGCUAGCAGCACAGAUGGAGCGUCGCCCAGCUGUUGUAGCAGCAUUGAAGCUGAAGAAGCCAAAUGUGGAACAACGUCUGAAUGGCCAACGGCCUAUCUCUGUAAAGCAACGUCUGGCCGUGCAAGGACGCCUUAGUGUUCCCAAUGAGGGCAGCUCUCUUGGCAUGAGAGGACGAGGAUCUCUUCGUGGUUUGCGAGGAGCUACUGGAUUCAGAGGACCCACCUUUCGGGGACCCACCUUCAGAGGAGUCACUUUCAGAGGAGCCACCUUCAGGGGUACUCGUGGUGCUUUUGCCAUUAGAGGUAGAGGAGCAAGCGGUCUGCGUGGCUUACGAGGAGCAAGAGGGGGAAAAUUUGUGCGUGGCCGUGGCGUACGAGGCAACCCUGCAGGCAGAGGAAUGAGAGGCAAUCUUCGUGGACGUAGCACUGUUGGAUUACAAGGCAGAGGCGGGUUCAGGGGUAGAGGACGUGGAGGUCGUAUUGGUCGAGGAGGAAGAGGCAGUCGAGGGGGACGUGCAGCAGCUAAUGGCAAGGUUGCAGAUAAUUGCACCCGAGAAGAGCUUGACCAGCAGCUGGACGAAUACAUGAGCAAGACUAAGAGUGCUCUUGACACAGAACUGGACCAGUACAUGAAAGAUGCUCCUGUCUAAAGAUGAUGUUUUUGCUGUAGGUUCGCACUAAGUCUGUGAUUGGACACAGGAAUUUUGUAGAUUUAUAUUUUGUUUUUGUUUAUUUAUUUUUAUAAAGCUUUGGAAAGUGUAUAUUGGAUUUAGUCUACAUAGGAGAUUUGUUCUUCAAAAGUUGAUUUUUGUAAAAUGUUUCGAGCAGGUAUUGCUCAAAAGGUAAUCAGCACCAGUCACAGGGAUUACACUUACAAUGUUAACAGCAUGUAUUUGUGUAUAUAUGUAGUAGGCCAACUGCCCUUCUGAAAAAAAAAAAAAAUAAGAAACUGUUUAGACAAUGAAUUAGGAAUUUAGCUCCAUCCAUAUAUUGAUUUUUACAUACAAGGCAUGGCUGAAAGUCUAAUAAGAAAUGAAGUGAUUUAUCAUUGAAAAUAUAACAAAAGUCUACAUAAAGGAAAGUUAUUAUUAUUUACACAAAUUGUAUGGCUUGUUAUCUUCUCCAAACUAAGAAAAUUGAAGUCAUUUCUUCCAUUUGUUAAAUACAGUAGUGUAAAGUAGUUGUAUCUAAAGCAUUAUUAUUGUUUUAUUAUGAAUUCUAUACAAGUUAUGAGAGGUUGUAGAUAUUAAUAGUUUCCUGUAUGAGGCUGACUUUUGUGUGCAGUACUAGGUGUGAGGGCAUCCACUCAGCCACUGCUAUCAAUCAUUGGCUCUGUUUUCAAUUAUUCUCGGCUUAGCUUUUCCUUGUAGUGUUCAGUGGGUAGGAAAGCACCUGUGACCCAACUCUCCACAUGCAUUUUUUAAUGGCAGGUCUGUUGUUGGUGUUCAGAAGAGUUUCCUCAUUGGGCAGCAGCACAGACAUUUUAAGCCUUAGUAUUGUGAGUACUUUCUUACUCAGUCCCCCCCUCCCCCCAUAACUCUCUCUCUCUCUCUCUCUCUCUCUCUCUCUCUCUCUCUCUCUCUCUCUCUCUCUCUCUCUCUCUCUCUCUCUCUCUCUCUCUCUCUCUCUCUCUCUCUCUCUCUCUCUCUCUCUCUCUCUCUCUCUCACACAAACAAGGGUCCACAUGCUGUACACACCCUUGUUAUAUUUUGAAAAUCAUUGUUUUCAUACCAAGUCUAUAACUGGUGUUAAUGUGAUUAGGUAUAAGUAGUAAUAUCAAGGAAAUGACAUGACUUUUUCUUUGCAAGAUAUACUUUAUUAUUAUUUUUUUCCUAGUUGUCAGGGCAUUCAAGUUUUUGUAUUUUAGGCUCUGUGAUUGGCUUGAAAUAAAAGUGAAAGGAAAAUAUGCUGGCAAAGUUAUUGCCAUUUUACAAAAAGAUUUUUGUUUCUGAUUGUGAUGAAAUAUCUGGUCCUUGGUUCUGUAUGUAUUCUCAGAUUGUUAUUAUCAUCAUUUAUUUUCUUGUGUCAAGCAUCUAUCUCAGAAAUGGUGUCUUAAAAUUGAUGUAAUGAGGAUAUGUGUAAGUAUUAACAAAUGAUAGCUUUAAGUUGAUAAGAAUAUACUUUUUUGUUGUAAAUGUAUAAUGAUAACUUUAUUCUUAAAACUUGAGUGGAGAUAUCCUCGAUUGUACAAAUAAUGUUUAAUAGGUACAUUAAGAAAUACAUUUGUAAGAAUA